AUGCCAAUUGUGGGGCUAUGCGAGCUAGGGAACUGCCCGCAAACCACAGGUUGCGGGAUUCUUAGAGGGACAGGUCGUCCUGCGGUUGGGGCACACGUUAAUCUAGGGUCGUUUUAUUUUGUGGGGACGCCUGUGGCUGUUGGACUAGCAUUUUGGUUGAAAAUUGGGUUUAGUGGAUUGUGGUUUGGGUUGCUUUCGGCUCAAGCGGCUUGCGCGGUUUCGAUACUGUAUGCAGUUUUGGCGAGGACGGAUUGGGAAGGGGAAGCGGUGAAAGCAAUGAGUCUAACGAGUUUGGAGAUGGGGAAAGUUGGGAAUGACGAAGAGUCGUCGUUGUUGUUGUUGGAUGAUCGUAAUGGGAAUGAUGAGAAGUUGGGUAGUGUUUUGUAA